AUGGCUCGUACCUUCUUUCGCAAAUUGCUCACAUGCUUAUCAUCUGAAGAUGAGUUGGAUGUUGUUCUUAAUGACAAGGCCGAUGGACAGUCAUCGAGGCAUCGUGCCAAUCGCCAACGCCGUAAGUUUAUUUGGCGUGAUCAUAUUCAAAGGCAGGAGGGCCUAUUUCGCGAUUAUUUCGCAGAAAAUCCAGUAUAUCUCUCGAAUCUAUUUCGAAGGAGAUUUCAGAUGAGCCGUCCCCUAUUUCUCCGUAUUCUAAAUGAGGUAGAGUCUUACGAGCCGUACUUCAACCAAAGAAGAGAUAAUGCCGGAAGACUCGGUUUAUCUUCUAUGCAAAAUAUAACCACAACACUUAGAAUGUUGACGUAUGAGGCUUUGUCAUCAUCAUAG